AUGACUGCUGCUAUCGUCUUGGCCAUCCUGUGCUUGGGACUGGCCUCAGCUGCUCCAACACCAGAUUACAGUUUGGAUGCUGAGUGGGAGGAGUGGAAGAGGAGCUUUGAGAAAACAUACAGCCCAGAGAAAGAAAGACAUCAGAGAGCAAUAUGGGGAGAAAAUGUCAAGAUGAUCAAACUGCUCAGUGAGGAGAAUGGUCUGGGGAUGAAAAACAUCACCGUAGAGAUGAAUGAAUUUGGUGACAUGACUGGAGAAGAGAUGAGGGAAAUGAUGAAGGGGAGUUCAGUUCUGACUCUAAAGAAUGGAAAACGCAUCCAGAAACGAGGAGAUACCAAGAUCCCCAAAACUUUGGAUUGGAGGACACAAGGCUAUGUAACCCCCGUGCGGAGACAGGGAGGUUGUGGUGCUUGUUGGGCUUUUGCUGUGGCUGCUGCCAUAGAAGGACAAUUGUUCAAGAAAACAGGAAAACUGAUUCCGCUGAGUGCCCAGAACCUAAUAGACUGUUCUAGAUCUUUUGGCACUACUGGCUGUAAAGGAGGCAGAAUCUAUAAUGCCUUCCAUUACGUAAGGAACAAUGGCGGUCUGGAGGCCGAGGCAACCUAUCCAUAUGAAGCAAAGGUAAGACACUGCAGGUACCGUGCUGAACGUUCUGUUGUCAAGAUUGCCCGCUUUUUCGUUGUCCCAAGGAAUGAAGAUGCCCUACUGAAUGCUUUAGUAACUCAUGGGCCCAUUGCUGUUGGAAUUGAUGCUGGACAUGAAUCUUUUAGAAAGUAUACAGGAGGUAUGUACCAUGAGCCAAACUGCACUCGUGAUUCUCCUACCCAUUCGGUGCUGUUGGUCGGCUUUGGCUAUGAAGGCAGAGAGUCAGAAGGCAAGAAAUACUGGCUGAUAAAGAACAGCCAAGGUGAAAGUUGGGGAGAGAAAGGCUACAUGAAGAUUCCCAGAGACCAGAACAACUACUGUGGAAUUGCUUCCUAUGCCAUGUACCCUGUAUUGUGA